AAUAUUUCGAAGUCUCUUCAGUUGAGCUCCGCCUUUUGAAGGCUUAAGAAUAAAAUCCAGAAACGCCUCAACGUCGUAACGCCAAGCAUUAAAAAAAUAGUUCUUGGAAUUUCUUACUUUUUGGAACUCUAUUUUAAAGCAGCAUGGAGAAGAAAAUGAAAAAUACAAUCGCUUUCGUAACUGGAGGAGCUUCUGGAAUUGGGCAGGCUGUCGUUAGCAGGAUCAUCAAUCAUGGAGGCCGAGUUAUGAUCGUUGACAUAGAUCACAAUGGGAAACAAUUUGCUGAAAGUUUAGGUCACCGAGCAGAGUUCGUGUUGGCUGAUGUCACAUCGGAAGUAGAAAUAACUCGAGCUCUGAGCGAGGCUGAGAAAAAGUUUGGCGGCAUAAACGUCGUCAUAAAUGCAGCCGCCAUAGCAACAGUCGAGGAUCCGUACGAUUUUGAAAACUUCAAGCCACACUCUCUGGAGAGUUACAAGCGUAUAAUGGACGUCAAUGUUCUUGGGACAUUCAACGUGAUGAGACUCGCAGCCGGUGUGCUUGCUAAGAAUGUACCCGAUGAAAAUAAUCAACGCGGGGUCAUCGUCAACAUUGCGAGUAUUCUGAGCUUCGACGCACCCGGAGGUAUGAUCGCUUACGGAAUUUCGAAAGCCGCGGUCGCCGGUAUGACGCUCCCAAUGGCACGGGCUUUUGCUUCCAAGGGGAUUCGUGUGGCCGCUGUUGCUCCGGGAUUUAUUGAUACUCCGAUGGCUUCCUCAUUGAAAGCUCUAUGCGACGGUAUAUUCGCGCCGCUCGACGUCGUGAUGCUUUCACCCAAGCGAAUGGGUCAACCGGACGAGAUAGCACACAUGAUCCAAACGAUAAUAGAAAACCCGAUGAUAAAUGCUCAAGUGAUACGAGUGGAUGGAGGAUAUACAUUCGUUCCAAAUUUGAACGUGUAAACUGUUACCAAUCUGGUUUCUGCAAAACUGAUAUCCAGCGUCGAAACAUACGCAAAGAUAUUUUUUUAUGUUUGCCAAUGGGUCGACCUCGCUCUCGUGAAAAAGAAAGUAAAUCAAACAUUUUUAAACACUUUUUUCGUGCUACAAUGUAAGGGGUAAAAAGUGAGCCAAUAUUAGCCCAAUCGGAGAGCGAUGGAUGACACUUUUUCGACGUUGAAAUUUUCCGAUCCGGAAGGAAAAAUUUUCGUUGGAUGGAGGUUCACGGAAGAACGAUCGAGGGAGUUUGUGUACCUCGAGGCAUCGUCCAUGUAUAUAGCUUCAUAAAACGUUGCACCAUCGUAACGUUACGACUAUAUUUCUGCACCUCUUCUAGUGUAUAUAUAUACGAAUAUAGACAUAAUAAACGAGCUCGCAGAGUAUAAAUAUA